GAGCCUCGCUAGUCGCUAUUCCAGUCUCGUUUCUAGGUUUUCUGCCUUCCUUUCUUCUGCAGUUGUACGGCGCCUAGGGUUCGCUUGCUGGACCUUCCUGCCAUGGGGCGAUACGGAUACCGCAGUCACAGCAGAAGCUACAGCCCGCGGCGUUACAGCCGUAGCCCUCCACGCCGGAAGCGCUACGAUGACCCCCGUGACCGAUACCGUGGAGGCGGCGGUGGGGGACGGGAGUAUAGGGACUAUCGCUCCGCUUCCUCCGGACUCCUCAUCCGCAACAUUGCUCUCGACGCCAGGCCUGAAGAUCUACGGAUUCCAUUUGAACGGUUUGGUCCAGUGAAAGAUGUCUACCUUCCAAAGAAUUACUAUACAGGGGAGCCACGUGGCUUUGGAUUUGUUAAAUUUCGCCAUGCAGAAGAUGCUGCCGUAGCUAAGCAACAUAUGAAUCGUCAGAUUAUUGGCGGCCGUGAAAUUUCAAUUGUCUAUGCAGAAGAAAAUAGGAAAACUCCUCAAGAGAUGCGCAUGACGGCAAGGGUUAGUGAAAGAUAUAUGGGAGGAAGAAACAGGCGGUCCAUGUCAAGAUCUCCCAAACGACAAUAUCAUUCAUAUUCUCGUUCUCCUAGUCCUCCCAAGCAUGGUUCAAGGGACAAUGGAAGGGGCAGCCGUGAUUACUACUCUCUGCCGAGAUCAGUUUCUCCAUCUCUUCACAAUGGUAGGGAGUAUGGGUCGCCUGAUGUUAGGGAUUACAGGUCUAAGAGGUCGGAACGUCAGUCUCCAGGUCCUGAGGGUAUCGAACAGAGCCUGUCAAGAUCACAUUCCUACAGCCCCAAAUGAGCACUGAAAAUAUUGACGUUCUAAAAUGAAUCAUUUACCAGAAUGGGAGAACCAGCUGUAGUAAACACUUUUGCCAAAUGCAUUUGGUUUUUUCCUUAAAAUUUGGUAGCAAUGCGCUCGUUAGGCAAAUGUUCUACUUGUAACACACUCGCUACAUGAGAUCUCUGUUCUGAUGGAUCUGUAGAUGUUUUGGAGGCCUUGGUCUAGUGCAAUUUUCUGAACCUCUACUUUUUCUUCAGUUGUGAACCUACUUGUUAUGCUGUUACGAUAUUAAUCUUGAGUGUUGUCUUGAUUUA